UUUAUCAUUUCAUAAGAUGUGGUUUUCCUAUCACAUACCUCUAUGUUUAACUAUUAAUAAAUGCGAUAUGGGUGUUCUGAUAAAAUGCCUUAAACAUGACGAUUUGAAUCAAUUUCACUAUUGUAACGAAAAAUGUAUCACUUCCGGAAAAAAAUGGUGUGCACGUGAUGCUAGGUGGUCGUUGAAUUAGCUGAAUUCGACCGUGAGAUCAAAGUUCUUGAAAAACCUGAAACCUACCGGUGAGCAAAAUGACAUUACACCUAGAUGAUUGAUCUUUAUAUCUUUUGAAAAUUCCCCAUUUAUUAUAUCGCAAUCUGACCGAGGCAUUUGCAUCAUCAUCACAAUAAACAACAUUGUAUGUAGUAGGUGCACAUACUUAGCAGAACUGGGAGGUAAAAACCGACGUUAGUCCGAUGUGCAGCGCUUUUGCCGUUGGCAUUGAUUGUUCAAUAAUGUUCCGGUAGCAACCGGUCUAUCAUAUCUGCUUGUAGUCGUUCGGCCAGAAAUGCACUUAAUGCAUCAUUAUUACUAACUGACUGCUAUAAUUUUUAAAUGCACAAGUGCAAAAGUGAACUUCAAAAGCAAAUAUACUAGUGUGUUUCGUUCCUGCGAAGGCUUAAAAUAGAACAAUAUUGCAAUGUCUUUCUUUUGGAUGGGAACACUUAAACUGUCUUUGAUUCUUGCUGGUACUUACGUCGUAAUUAAAAGGAACUCUUACGGUCGAAGAGGUUUACAAAGACCGCGACCAAUUCGCCGCAUUGGUCCGAGAAGUCGCAGCCCCUGACGUAGGGCGUAUGGGCAUCGAAAUCCUCUCGUUCACCAUCAAGGAUGUCUACGAUGAUGUGCAGUAUCUACAAUCUUUGGGCAAAGCGCAAACUGCCAGCGUCAAGCGGGACGCCGAUGCCGGAGUUGCGGAAGCUAACAGGGAUGCUGGAAUACGAGAGGCUGAAUGUGAAAAGAGCGCAAUGGAUGUUAAAUAUUCAACUGACACCAAAAUCGAAGACAAUGCACGAAUGUAUAAGCUACAGAAGGCCAAUUUUGACCAGGAAAUCAACACUGCGAAAGCUGAAUCACAACUUGCCUAUGAGCUGCAAGCGGCGAAAAUUCGUCAGAGAAUCCGUAACGAGGAAAUUCAGAUCGAUAUUGUGGAACGUCGUAAGCAGAUCGAGAUCGAAACCCAGGAAAUCAAUCGAAAGGAUUGCGAACUGUCCGCCACGGUGAAACUUCCGGCGGAAGCCGAGAGUUACCGCGUGCAGAUGAUUGCCGAGGGAAAGCGCACCCAAACGGUCGAGAAUGCCAAGGCCGAAGCCGAGCGGAUCAAAAAGCUCGGUGCCGCGGAAGCUCACGCCAUCGAAAUGGUCGGUAAGGCGGAAGCCGAACGCAUGCGGAUGAAGGCCAACGUGUACAAACAGUACGGAGAUGCCGCCAUUAUGAACAUCGUUCUGGAAUCGUUGCCAAAGAUUGCGGCUGAAGUUGCAGCUCCAUUGGCCAAGACCGAAGAGAUCGUUCUGAUCGGUGGCAAUGACAACACUACGAAUGACGUGACACGCCUUGUCGGUCAACUUCCGCCAGCAAUCAACGCACUGACCGGAGUGGAUCUGUCCAAGGUUUUAGGUAAAAUACCAGGGGCAAAGGCAUAAUAAACCUACAACUGUGCUAAGCGACCAUUGUGCAGCUAAUUGAUCGUUCUAGAGAAUAUUUCCGAUUAGAACACGUUUAACCAAAAAAAAGUUGUUUACUCGAACAAAACCGCAGCAUACUGUACAAUACCGAUCAAACCAAUCAUCUGCUACGAAUGAAUGCAAAACAUCAAAGUGCUUGACUUAUUACUAAUCCAGGAAUGUUUUACUCCUUUUCGGGUACCGUCGGUGAAAUGGAAAUUUUCACAUAUCUGGAACUAAAAAAACAAAACAGAUUAAAACAAUCAAAAGUGAAAACAGACGCCCAAAUUCCCAUAAAUUUAAGCAUAGUAAAGAAACUUCACCCAUCUGUUCAAUCAGUUAUUAAUCAAAGAGCAUAACACUAACACAACAAAUGAAGCGUAUCAUGAUCAUCCGUUUUCUUCUGCAUUUAUCAGACAUUGGAUUUACCGACCUCUUCCAAACAUUGUUCUGCUGAGGAAAUUUUAAAUUUGUUGAAAGAAUGUGCAAUUGCAUCUUUUUCAAAAAAGAAUUUUGUGUUACUAUUUGCUUCAGUAACUAAAAAUGACGCUAAGGUGUUUUCGAAAUGCAUUUUUAUACUUCUUAUCAACCAGCUCAGCUCGACGAAAUGAGCAAAUAUCAAUUGUCAACUGUCGACCAAUUUGAAUUCUCUUGGAAUCAAAUCAAAGUUGCCACAUCCUAUAGGAAAACGUUAUUGAAUUUUAUUUUGAUUGGAAGUUUCGUUACCGAGAUAUCUUACGAAGAAUACUUGGGGUUGGGAGCAAUACUAUUUGACUAUUUUACAAUUAUUUGUGGUUGACUCAAUUUCUCAUGCAUUUUUAACUGACUGAAGAUUGUUUGUCAGUUAACAAAAGAUACAAUAUUAUAUGUAAGUAAAAUUUCAUUAUAAUGGGUGGUUUGAACAUAGACAUAUGAAUAAAAUAAGACCCAUCAAUCAAAAUAACAAAAAAACGUUAUUCAGUCGAAGGUACAAUUCUUGCAAAAAAUAUCUCUAACAUUAUCAACAAUAACAAUAUAGUUGAUUAGAUACUUACUUUCUUUCAAGCAUGAGCAGAAUGUACAACCACACAAAGCGAUUAUGUUUAAUACAAACAUUACAACAAAGUGCGCAAAAUCGAUCAAUCCAUCUUUCCCGCUACUCACCGCAUAAAAACAAAGGCGCCACCGUAAAUGGACUGUAACACAGUGACAGCAGUCGAGUUACGUCAAACACACAAGGGGCUGUCCAUUAAUUACGUAGGGGAUUUUUUACGAUUUUCAGACACCCCCUCCCCCCCUUGAAAGAUUUUUUGUAUGAGAACCCAAAAAUUUUUGUAUGGCGCGUAAGAUUUCUCAAACACCCCCCCCCCCUCCCCCCAUAAACCCUUACGUAAUUAAUGGACAGCCCCCAAGGCUACGGUGGCGCUAUCUGUUCAUUUCAUAGCGUAAAACGGCCGCUAUGAAAUGAACAUAUAGCGCCACCGUGGCCGCCUUGUGUGUUUGACAUAACUCCACUGCUGUCACAAUGUUAAUGCCCGUAUACCGUGGCGCCCUUGUUUACAUGUGGCGAGUGCUAGGAAAGUUCGCUUCAUUGAUCCAUUGGGAACGGUUGCAGUAUUUCUAUUUUGACUAUUUCGGCAUCAACUGACGAUGUUGAUGAAAACGUUAUUGCCAAAGCAUAAUAAAGACUAUACACGUAAUUGUAAAUGGUUCCGUGUCAUUUGACCGUACGCCAUUUGGCCGAAUGCGGUUUUGCGAAGGGCAUUUGGCUGAAAGGUUGAUAUGGCCGAAUGCCAUUUGGCCGAAUG